GAGUCAAACGGGUUUCCAGUAUCGUCACCGUAAAAUGAACGGCUCGCAUUUCGACACGCGUCGCGCCUCGCCGCGCUCGCUCCGUCCGCGCAGUCGAUAGCAUCUGCAAAUUCGAUAUUUAGAUCGUGACACCGCGAUACUUGUGAUCGAUUUUGCGUGACGUGAUAAUUUGCCCGGCAAUGUGAUCUGUCAAAAUGCCUAGAACCGCCCGCUUAUGCUAUCCCCGCGAAUAAGUUAUAAGGCAUAUUCCUGGAAUGCACGUGCGGUCGCCGGGGAACAGUGGAUGUGUUUGUUGAGGUAGUCCUGUUAAGAUGCCGCGAAGGAGUAAAUGGAUGCAUCUCGUGGCCGGCGUAGUUGCCGGCGUCACAUUCGGUGUAUUCCUAAAAUUGUGCUUAAGACCUUCCUCGAGGACUUCUAUAGAAGCUUGUGCAGAUUCUGCUAAAUUGUAUGUCGCGCCAGAUCCCUUGGCGAUUGUUGAUUUAAAGUCUGAUGAAACUUUGUUCAACUCUAAUAGAACUUUAGUGUUUGUUGGUGUUAUGACAGCUGAACAGUAUUUGACUAGUAGGGCGAGAGCUGUUUACGAAACGUGGGCGCAGGACCUGCCCGGAAGGAUUGCUUUCUUCAGUUCGGAGGUUUCGCGUGCGCCGGGAUUGCCCUUGAUCCCGCUGCGUAGUGUUGACGAUAGUUACCCUCCUCAGAAGAAGUCCUUCCUGAUGUUGCUGUACAUGUAUGAACACUACGGCGAGAGGUUCGAGUGGUUCAUGCGUGCAGAUGAUGAUGUUUAUGUGAGGGGUGAUAAGUUAGGGGAGUUUUUACGUUCAGUUGACAGUAGGAAACCUCAGUUCAUCGGGCAGGCGGGGCGAGGAACGAAUAAUGAAAAGGACGCUUUAGCUUUGGAUUACAAUGAAAACUUUUGUAUGGGUGGGCCCGGAGUGCUGAUAUCUCGAGAGACAAUGAGGAGAGUCGCCCCUCACGUCAAGUAUUGUUUGAAGCACCUUUAUACGACACACGAAGACGUCGAGCUGGGUCGAUGUGUUGCCAAAUUCGCCGGCGUUUCUUGCACCUGGAGCUAUGAUAUGCAGACGAUCUUGCACCACAAUGGCAGCGGCGCGGAAGCGUAUACUGGGCGACUCAAGAAGCGAGAGGUGCAUCGUGCCAUCACUCUCCAUCCAGUCAAAGACCACAGGCAAAUGUAUAGGCUCCACACUUAUUUUAAGAAUCUUCGCAUCCAGGAUCUUCGAGAGCAGUCCCUGGAUCUGCACAGGGAUAUUCAGUCGUCGGCGCGCGAGCUUGGUGUGGAAGGAACCCAUGUUAACAAUUUCGUACUACCCGGCGGCGUGCCACUAUUCACAGCGAAAAUGGGGGAGCCUGGUUAUUUAGGAGACAAUAGGAUAUUAGGUGCCCCGAUAGAUUUCAACCGAUACAAAGCAAACAAAGUGGAGGACAUUGUACCGUUCGACUUCAUCACCAAGUCCAUUCACUCCGUCAGCCACUCCAACCCUAAACGAAGAGUGGAAACUCCUCUGAAAGAAGCACUGGACGACGUCAUACGAGAAGUGAUGGAGAUCAUCAACGCGCCGUCCCGCCAGCGAGGUCGAGUGAUAGACUUCAAUGAGCUGCUGUACGGCUAUACUCGCUUGCAGCCCGUACACGGAGUCGACCACGUGCUGGACUUGCUGCUGAAGUACAGACGGUAUCGAGGCAGGAAGAUGACCGCCGCUGUUAGGAGGCACGCGUACUUGCAGCAGUCUUUUACAGGAACUGAAAUACGCGAGCUACCGAUGGGGGAACCAGCUCCAAUCGAGGAAGCAGAAAUAUUAGAGCAACUUGAGCUCAAUGUAAAGAACUAUCAGAACGACAACGAAGACUUCGAUGAUCCAAACCAAAAUCAGAACAGCUUCCUCGAUAUUGGCAACAUAAAUGUUAGACAAGCUUUUGAGAAUAGCUUGCUUAAGAUACACAAUAACUUGCCAAAAAUGCUUCAGUGGAGUAACGAUAAUUAUGAGUAUGCGGUUUAUUACAGGCAGAUCCACUUUAUACUACCCCUAUUGGGACGAUUCGAAACAUUCAAUAGAUUCAUGAAAAAUUACGAAGACAUCGUUUUGAAAAGCGAUCAGCCUGUUUCACUCAUUGUUGUUUUAUUCUUAGAUACCGAAAGCCCUUUAGAUUAUGAGAACUCUGAAACUUUAGUCAAACAUUUUAAAAGUCUUUAUGGGAAAGAUAUAAGAAUAGUUGCAAUGGGUGCAACCACCUUCUCAAGAGGUGCAGCUCUUACAGAAGGCUUAAAGGAGUGUUCAAGUGAUGAUUUAGUGUCCUUUAUAGACGUGGACAUGAUGUUCAACCACAUAUCACUUAGAAGAAUUAGAAUUAAUACAGUUAAAUACAACCAAGUGUACUUUCCAAUUGUAUUCAGUCAAUACAAUCCUGAAGUGGUGUACAGUGAUGAUUAUAAUAAAUUUAAGGAGGAGAUUACUGAAAAUACCGAAGCAGACAAUGCUGAAGAGAACAAUGAUGAUGAUACUAAAACUGAGACGGAGUUAGCUAAUUUGAAGUAUAGUGGUGAUAUAGACAAUGAUUUCGGUUACUUUAGACAGUACGGUUUCGGUAUACUUAGUAUUUUUAAAUGUGACUUUGAAAGGGUCGGUGGUUUCGAUUUAAAUAUAAAAGGUUGGGGAUUAGAGGAUGUGCAGUUGUUCGAGACGUUGAUAAAGUCGAACUUGACAGUGUACAGGAUAGCUGAUGAGACUUUGGUGCAUAUCUUCCAUUCGGUGGACUGUGAUAGCAAGUUGGAGAAAAGUCAGUUCCUUAUGUGUCUGGGAACGAAAGCGUCGACAUACGGGAGCGACAAGCACAUGACAUAUUAUAUGUUAAACCAUCCUGAAGUAUUAUGGCCGCAGAAGGUGAAAGGUGCUAGCUAGUAUAGGGUAAAAAUUAGGCUAAGCUGAUCGCACAUUGCAGCUUGUUGCGCCGUCGCGAACGUAAAGGAAAUCAAUGUCGCAGACGCGGUAGCUUCGUUGAUAACUUUGAUAAUUUUGUCGGCUGCAUGAAAUCAUGUCACUGGUGCUAGUCGCCGACAAGAUUCUCUUAAAAUAAAACUGCCAUUGAUGCUGUGCCGAUAUGUCAAAGGCUGUAUAGACUCCUUUACGUAUUUUUCAGUACUGGAAAUAAGUGCUUAUGAAAAUUUUGGUACUUAUUAAGUUACGCCUUUGGUAACAUACUUGUGAUAACUAAAAAGAGUUUGAACGAAUAAUUACGUAUAUCUUAAGCGAUCGUAAUUAACACGGUAUUAUCCACGAUAGAAUUGAUAACCCUUUUUUGGUACUUGUCUAAAAAAAGCAGUCUAGCCCACGGGCUUAUAUAUAUGACCUUUUUUCUUCAAUUUAAUUCUUUUUUUUAAUAGCAAUCUAUUCAAAGAUGUGUUGUAUGCGAUACGUAUUUGCAUUUUCAGUACUGUGAAUUAAUAAUUGCGCGUGCGUUACCGACUGUAAUGUGCUAUCAGCAUUAUUUUGAAAAUUAUGACAAUUGUACCUAUUCAAAAUUAUUUGUUUUUGAUAGUGAUAUUACUUUGGUUGAAAGGUCCAUUGGCAGCUAUGAAGU